CGCCCACCAUAUGGUCGUGCCAUUUGUUGGUUUGGGAGGCAUGCGCCGAGUCGAGCUGCUGGCCGUCUUCGCCCAACAAGGCCGAAAGGGCUCUUGGGGGGGAGGGGUUCAGAGAGUCAGCGGGGAGGGGAGCGGCAGCGUCUGCUGCCAGUCCACGGCGAUGCUGCCGCUCCAGAGCUCCAGCACUUCCAGGGUCUUGACUCGUUCGCGACGCUGGUGGUCUGGGAGCGUACACCCUGCCGGUGCCGCUCGGCUCGCCCGACCACGUGGCCGGCGCAGAGACCGCGGGUUACGUCAACACGGAGCUGUUCCUCCGGGUGUGGCGGCAGAUCAUGGGCCUGCCGUUGGCCUGGAACCAUCAGUGGACCGUGAAGGUCGAUCCAGACACCGUCUUCUUCCCGAACCGACUCCGCGAGUCUCUGCUGCCUUACGGGGCAGACGAGAUGUACGUGCGCAACUGCCCGGGCGGCCCACGUGGCCUCGGGAUGUUUGGCGCUCUCGAAGUCGUCUCGAAGACGGGGCUGGCGGUCUACCACGCCGGGUGGAAGCGCUGCGUUGAAGCGCUGAAGGGGAGGCAGCUCGGCGAGGACAACUUCAUGCAGAAAUGCCUCGACCUUCUCGGCGUGGCGCCCCGAGACAACCCCGACCUCCUGGCGGACGGAUACUGUCCUGGGCGGGUCGUCGACUGCACGGCGAGCUUCCCAGCCUUCCAUCCCUUCAAGACGGUGGACGGGUUCUUCAGGUGCUGGGAGGAGUCCGGCGGCACCACGCUCACCCCCGUGCCAGGCGCACCCGCGAGCGCCACGUGCACGGCGCCGCCCUGGCCUCCGGGGGCGCUGCCGCGCGGGCCCGCGAACGGCAUCCGCCCGCCGCCGCCGGCGGCCCAGCCGAAGCAGGC